AUGAUCAUUCCUAUCUUAGGUGAUCCUUUUGAAAUAAUUUGUAGUACAAUUAGAACAUGCAAGCUAGAAACAAUGGAGCCUGUAUUUUCUGCUUUAGUUAUUGGAGGUAAUGGUAAUGACAGCGCAAUUAGAAUUUGUCGAGAAUUGAUAUUCAAAUAUGGCAUUAAAGUUAUCAAUGCAGAUUAUUGGGAUGCCAGGGAUGAUAUUCUAUAUGGAUUGGAAGAAUAUUAUAGAAGUGACGAUGUAAGAUCCGAUAAGUGGAUUCUUACAUUUGAUUCUCAUAUCAACUUGAUCAAUGACAGAAAAAAAAACUACGAGUUCGUGAACAUUAAUACCCAGAACUGGAAACCGAUUCUUUCUGGCGUGAACGUAGUUAUCAAUUUGACUCAGUACUAUGAACCUACCAUUGGUGGCUUGCUUUCCACACCAAUUCAAGAGGUAGACCCAUUGAUAGAUUUAUGGUGUCACAUGAUCGAGAUAAUGGAAACGGUAAGGUUGACGACCCAUUGCACCAUUGCGUAUUUGAUCAAUAAGGAUACUAGCUUCAACAGAGGUUGGGGAAUUUUUGCCAACAGUACGAUACAAUUAUUGGAUGGAAAGCUUUCCGUGUGUCAAGAGGAUUACGACGUGUAUUUCUCACCAAAAGAACUAUUUCAACAGUUCGAAAAUGGAACUUAUGCUGAUAUAAUGAGAUGA